GCAGACAGUUCAUUCAGAACAGUCAUAGCACGCGGACAAGCAACCAACACUGAACUCUCAGCUCGAACGCCAAAUACCCAAGCAGCACUUGAAGAGCCACUCAGCAGUCAGGCAGUGAGGCAUCUACUACAGCCACAGAGGGUCAACCAGGGUAGGCCCAUCUAAUUGGGACACCGAACAAAAGUAUUUCGCUUGUUUACCAAGUUUCCUGAGUGUGUUGUGUGCGCGUGUGUGUUUUCGUUUUGUUUGUGCCACAAAAUGCAAUUGUCUGUGGGAGCAACCGCUAAUGGUCGAUGCCUGAUGUGGGCGCUGUUUUUGUUGUUCGUCGGAUUGGCGGCAGCGGUGCCAGCAUCUGUGCUAGCCCAGAACACGGAGCUAUCCACCAAUGCGAACAACAAGCUUCAACAGCAACAACAACAGCAGCAACAGCAGCAGCAACAGCUACAGCAACAGCAGCUGCGGGAAUUACCGGCAGCAGUAAAGCGCGCUGAGGAUGGGGCAAAUAGUGCCACGGUGCCACCGGCCGAUAAGAAGUCAAGUCCGGAAAUUGUGCCAGCCACCUUCAGCAACUCGCCCGCCCGUACUGGCCCCAACGAGCAGCAACAACAGCAACAGCAACAACAGCAGCCACAGGCUGGCCUCUACUCGCUGCCCAGCAACGAUGAGAUCUUGGCCGCGGUGGCAGCUGCCGCCCAAAACAGCCAACAGCAGCAGCAGAGUGAGCCAACCGCCUUAGAGGAGGCCGUGGCCAGCUCCACAAUGCGCAAGCGUGGCAUCAACUACGAAUACAAUCCGUAUAUGAGUGUGAGCAGCAACGACUAUGGCAGCGAUGUGCCCGCCGGUGUCUGGGCCGACGACUAUGAGCCCAGUGCGCCCGUCAACUACAACGGCUACAACAGCUACAACAAUGAGCGAGAGCUGCAGGAACUGGAGGACUAUACGCCGGACCGACAUGCUAACACGCCCACUGGCCGCAGCAAGGCUUAUGAUAAUCUGCAGAAUCUGCUCAAUGCCGAAGCCUACCUGGAGAGCAUUCCUCUGUCAGUGCCAUUAACCUAUGCCAAUCGCAAUUACAAUUUGGAUGAGCGCAACAAGCGUGGCCUCUACUACAACUUGGCUUCAGCUAAUGCCCCCAGCGAGAAUAUCAAUCUGAACAAGUAUCGUCGCUAUGGUGAUAUGCGCCUAAAACGUGACACCACCAAGCUGACACCUGCUGAUAUGUUGGCUCUGGUUGCGCUCGUCGAAGCCGGUGAGCGGGCACGCAAGGAGAGCGACAUGGAGAGCGGCAUCUCGGUACCAUUGGUGGAUGCUGAGGAACUGGACUAUGUGCCGGCAGCUGGCAGCUGGUUGGAUGCGCCCAUGCAGCAGCAACAGCAGCAGCAGGCACCAGCUCUUGUCGACUACUAUGGCAUGCCCGUGGAGGCACAGGUGGUGCCAAAAUAUGAAUAUAUGCCACGCCCACAGAAAUACCUGGGCAGCAACAGUCGUCUGGGAUCCGCAAAGCGUUUCAUGGUGUCCAAGAAGAAGCGAUCCAUUAACCAGAACCAGUUCUUGAACGAACCGGUAGGUGAGCGUGGACCCAGCUACUAUGGCGAGAAGUUCUACUAAAAUAAUAGAGCAUGGUAGAGAAAGAUAGUUAGAGCAGAUUAUGAGAGAGAAAAGAAAAGCUUUUAAGCUGAGCUUUUCACAUUUACCAUUUACCAAAUUUACAGAAAAUCUGAACAAAAAUAGAAGAAACCCAAAUUAUUUGACCUUUACCCUAGUUUGCAAAAUGAAAGAACAUAAAAUACAUAAUAUUUUAAACCAAAAGAUACCUUAAAUUAAAAAUGAGUCAACGUGCAAUUUCUGUGUAGAAUUCGAAUUUUGAAACACAAACUAAAAUAUAUAUAUAUAUAUAAUAUUAUUAUAUCUAUGCAUAUAAAUAUAUGAAUAUUGUAUGUCGAAGAACAUCAACAUAAUCAAAAUCAAUGUUUUUAAAACACUGACACCGACAGGGUUGACAACUGCGAACUUACCAAAGCCCAAUCGAACUUAACCUAAACUAAACUAAACCUAACCACACUUAAUCAAUGUCUAUGUCUAACAAAACAAAAACCAAAGAACCGCCAAUACUAUCAGUAUCUAAUUGUGUAAUAUCAAAACUAGAGGCUUCCCAAGUAGUACAAAAAAAAAAAAAAAAAAAACAAACAAGACAAAAAUGAAAAAAAUUUAUGAAGAAUACAAUCUAUAGAUACUUAACGGUAAUUACUUUAAAUGAGCUCAGCAACAACAGAUUGUCUGUCAAUUUGCUUUUAAUGUUUUAUACAAGGAGGCGCCAUUUCACUGUACUACACUCAAAACUAUUUACACUGAGCGAAAAGUAACACACUUUUAUGCAACAAAACAAACAAAGUA